AUGUUGUUCCCAUUACCUGCCAACACGGUCCCAACUUUGUCUUUGCACCAAGACGACCAGGACGCGCUAAAGACAUUGGCCAGAGCCUUUGUCGACGAUGCUCUGGUCGAGUAUCGAGCGUUCCGCGAUCCGUUUCAAAACGAGGAGAUCGAUACGAAACGAUGGAAAUGCAUCAAGAAGCGAGGCGGACUGGCUUCCUACUUGGACCGAAAGAUGGGGGAUUUUUCAGCAUCGCGGAGUGCCGUGAGCGAAAGCGUGGGGACCAUGAGCUUUUCACGAACACUUCAUGGCGUGCUCACGGUCGGAACCAUUGACGGAUCGCUGCACGAUCAAAUGUACGGACUUCAUCACUGCAGUCCAGAACUCAUGCGGAUCAAGUCCGCGUACAUGGCUGACAAGAUCGCCGAUUGUAAGAUGCUGUGCGAGAUCAGCGCCGCGACACCGGAACGCCCUGUCGAUGGUCUCUACAUCAAAUGGAGUGUGUCGGACUUCGCACCACCUCUGCUUCGUAAGCUGUUGCGACCUCGCGAUUUUGUCUACUUGGAUGGCACUGGAGUCAUCAAAGACGAAGUGACUGGCGAGAAAAUUGGCUACAACGUGUUGCAUUCGCUCCAGGUCCCUGGGAUCCGCGAGCUGGAAGCGUACCAGAUUGUUCGUGCCACGUUAAGCAUCUGCGCGUUGUUCCGUCAAAUCGCGCCUGGAAAGGUCGGAGUUUACAUGAAGGGCUUUGUCGACUCGAUGGGCAGCAUUUACCCAAGUAUUGCAGUCCCAGCUACAGCUGAAGCCCUGAUGUCGUACCGCAAAGGCGUGUAUUGCGGUCAGAUGAAGAAGCUCUAUUGGUUUCUCAAGACGAAGAAGACCGGUUCACUCGAUCGACCUGACGGCGUAUGCUCGCUAUGUCAAUCAACAACGAAGAAGGCAUUGUCAAGCGCUCAUAUAUGCCAAGUGUGCAUGACUCAGGUAUGCCAUUCGUGCAGUUUCGUGCACAAGUUGGCGUUCCUGCAGUCCGCAUCUCGACGAAUUAUUCGACGCAACAUGGCGUUUUGCGCUCGCUGUUUGCGAACCGCCGCGCUUGCUGACGGACUGGAGAUCGCGUCGGAGGAGCUGCGACGUCUGAAUCCGCUCGAGCGCUUUGAGUUUUCUUCGAGCGGUAGCGGAACACCUGCUUCACCGUCAAAUUCGACUUUACCCGACAUCCAGCAGGAGUUCUUUGGCUAG